AAGCUGCCAGCCGGCAGAAGCCUUCAGCAAACCCGGCUAAUCGAGGGGAAUCCAGAGCUAAAAGCAGACAGGAUUGGGCAAGCUGUCAGGAAACCAACUAGCCAGCUUCACUCUGUCUGAAGAAACUGCAGACCGGCACAGGAGGGCUCAGGGGGGGAAAUCUGAUCCCAAAUUGCUGCUAUUUAACUCUGUUGUUCAAGCGAGUGUGGUAGACUUACGUUAUUUGAUGGCAUUCUGUGGGGAAUUUGAAACGGAAUAAACGUGAAGGAGACUUUCCAAGGACUAAAGGAAGACAGCCAAACAGGGUUUGAACACAACUGAAACUUUUUGAACAAGGCAGAUUUGAAUGCUACCAUCUGGCACGUUUCGUCCACUUUCAAGUGUUUUAAGAGAGGAAGAAAUUUGAACAAGUCUUACCCGCCACCCACCCCCAUCUGCACUUUUCCCUCCGCUGAGAUGAGGUAACCAGCAAAUCAAACCCAACUUCGAAAGCCAGCCAAGGAUCAAAGAAGAAAAAGGAUUAGCCGGGAUCGUUGGUGUGAUUUGCACAAAAGGAGGGUCUGAAUUCGCUGCUAGCUGUUUCACUCAGGGAUACGCAAUACUAAAUUAUUUCUUUUUAAGACUAGGCAAAUAGCCACCUUGCUUUAUUUAUUGCUUUGAGACUGGCAUUGUGGGACCCUUUUCUCUCUCUGGUUGGGAGCCAUGGCUUUCUCACAGGUCCAGUGUUUGGAUGACAGUCAUGUCAACUGGCGAUCCAGUGAAUCAAAGCCCGAAUUCUUCUACAGUGAAGAACAGCGGUUGGCUUUGGAAGCCCUGGUCUCCAAAGGUCCUGAAGCCUUCUAUGAGGUCCUCAAGAAGGAGAAUAUCCGGGACUUCCUUUCUGAACUGGAGCUUAAAAAGAUCUUGGAGACGCUGGAGACCUACGACCCCGGUUCGGAAUAUAUCCCCCGUGGAGAUGAGAACAGUGAUUUCAUCAGCCAAAAUGGUGAACAAGGCCCGCUGCCCUCUCUGGAGUACUGGCCACAGAGAUCCGACCGGUCCAUCCCACAGCUGGACCUCGGGUGGCCAGAGACUAUCGCUUACCGUGGUGUGACGCGGGCCACUGUCUACAUGCAGCCCCCAAUUGACUGUCAACCUCACAUCAAGGAGGUCGUCCGCAAGAUGAUAUUCCAAGCACAAAAGGUUGUCGCUGUGGUGAUGGACAUGUUCACUGACGUAGACAUCUUCAAGGACCUCCUUGAGGCAAGCUUCAAAAGGAAAGUAGCCAUUUACAUCAUCCUAGAUGAGACCAACCUGAAGUAUUUCCUCCAGAUGUGUGAGCGAGCCCAAAUGCACACUGGCCACCUGAAGAAUCUUAGAGUCCGCACAACAGGGGGGACUGAGUUUUUCACCCGCUCAGCUACAAGGUUCAAAGGUGCCUUAGCUCAGAAAUUCAUGUUUGUGGAUGGUGACAAAGCCAUGAAUGGAUCUUAUAGCUUCACCUGGUCUGCUGCAAGAACUGACAGGAAUGUCAUUUCAGUCCUCUCUGGUCAGGUGGUGGAGGCCUUUGACAAGCAAUUCCAGGAACUGUAUCUUCUAUCUCGGGGUGUCAGCCUGAAGUCUAUUCCCAUGGAUGAGGAGCCAGAACCUGAGCCUGUGAUCCUGCCUUCUGUUAUUCCCGUGACCCCAGCCAAUGCUGUAGUGAAGAAAUUGGUCAACCCCAAGUAUGCCCUGGUGAAAGCGAAAAGCGCCGAACAGAUCACCAACAGCAAUCAUGCAAGCAGCGACCGGAAUCUCACCGAAAAACAAAGGGCGGAAACCAAGGGCAAGGCCAUUCCAGAAGGGCGAGUGUCUGAGAGGCCGAAUGACCUCAUGGAGAUAGCACCACCUAUCCAUCCAGGGCUCCUGAACCUGGAGAAAGCCAAUAUGUUUGAUUACCUGCCCACUUGGGUUGAGCCGGACCCAGAACCGAGCGAGGUGUUAGGUUACAUCAACAUUAUUGACCCCAAGAUCAAAAACAUUCAGCUCUCCCAAAUGAACCGCAUCAAAGUGUGCGACAUCUCCCAAGCCAAUGCACAGCAUAGGCAGAUGCUCAAACAGAAAAUGGAAAGCGUUAAAAAAAAUCAGAGCAACCAGCCUACCCCAGUCUCUCCUUGUCAUCUCAAUACCUUUUCUUCCUCUGUCCAAAUCCAGCAGGCUCCUGACCCUACGGGACAAAUUCAGCAGGCCCCUGACCCUACAGGACAAAUUCAGCAGGCCCCCGACCCUACGGAACAAAUCCAGAAGGCCCCUGACUCUACAAAACAAAUCCAGAAGGCCCCUGACCCUACGGGAGAAAUUCAACAGGCCCCUGACCCUAUGGAACAAAUUCAGCAGGGCCCUGACUCUACGGAACAAAUCCAGAAGGCCCCUGAUCCAGUGGGACAAAUCCAGGAGGCCCCUGAACCUAGCCCGACAGGAAAGACUCAAAGGAAACCCAAAAACGGAGACGCCUUUGCCACUUUGGCCAUUAGUGCGCACUUGAAGCAACCCCCACAUACAAAAGUUCAUGACCAAAUACAGGACAAUGGCAUCACUACCCCAGUCCCCAAACCGAGGACUGUCCACGUGACAGACUUUAUCUCCAUGAAAAGUGUACCUGCUGAGGGUGGAGCUGCCAAAGCAGAUGACACCCAAACACAGCAGCCAGAAACAGACAGCGCCACCACAAAACGCAACGAAAGCCCCGCAAAGGCUGAAGCCACAGGGAGCCACUGCAAGCUGACUAGGCAGGAGGCUGUGUCGCAAAAAGCAGCCGUCUGCCCCACGAAUGGAGUGCAAGGAGGUGAAGCAGAAGAGGACGAGGAAGAUGUCUACCUAACCGUCAGUGACCAGGGAAGUUUGUCUGGCAGUUCCACCACCCACAGCCACCAGCAUUCCAGCACAUCCUCCAUCUCAGACGAGUGCUUUGAGGUGAGAGACCACUUUGGACCCCGGCGCCGGACCAAUUCUGAUUUCCUCCCGAACGGAGGAAGGCACAGCCCUCACCACCACCCCGGCUUGCAAAGGAAGCUGAGCGAGCCACACGUGAGCCGGGGCACCUUCGUGAGUCCUUUGGGCAGCCCCCAGCCAAUGUUAAGUGUGGGUUUGGAAGAGGCCAGCAGGAGGCGGAGGAGAAGCGACAGCGUAGAAGAGAUUAGGUGUGUUUUGGGAAAGGGCCGUAACCCACAUGCUUUACCUGACGGCUACAUUACCUGUCCGAGCAAUGCUCCACAGGGACCACAAUUUUUCUGCUAUGGAUCCCGGGUACAAGUGUCCGCAGGAAGGGGGCAAAGCAGCAUUCCACCAGCACAGCAGGGGAAAAUCCCAGGAGAAAGAAAAUACCAACGGGAUGGAGCAAGAGUUAAAAAGGACCCCUCAGGCCCAGGCAGUCAACAGCACUGGCCGAACAAAGGCUUUGGUCUUGGCAAAAACACCCAACCCAGCCGUCUCCUCCAAGGGACAGGUAGCUUCCCGAAAACAACCAGGAGCACACUGUCCCCAUUCCAAGAAAGCCAGAGGAUAUCGGAGGAAAUAAGGACACCUCUGGGCAUUCCCUUGUCUAAACUGUCACAAUCCAAACAUCUGAAGAACAGGGCAUGCCAGCUGUCUGAUCCUAAGAGGAAACCCCAUGGAACCACCAGCCGCAAGGACCAGUAAAACCUGGAGAAGAGAGGUCCCCUCUGGGUCUUCUAAACUGAGCACCAUUGUUCAGGAGCCUGUGGAAAGAACUCCUGCCAUUGUGUGUUAAGCUGGUGGAGAGAUGGGGAGCUGUGAUGUUGUUUACCUGGUCUGUGCACCAAUACCACAUGGCUAGAACUGAGAGGCCAAACGUCAUUCCGGUCCAGGGCAAGUCUUCAGAGUGAGCAUCCUGGAAAAGGUGCAUGGCAUCAGACCUGGGCAGGUGGCAAGUGGUGUUGGGGAUAAUCAUGGAUGGAAUGGCA